AUGGGUAAAAAAUGCAUUGGAUUUGAAGAAACCGAAAAUGAAGUUUGGGCGAUUUUGAAAAUGGCUCACGAGAAUAUUGACUCAUCGUCUGUUAAUCCUUGGAAAAGUAGCCGAGUAAUAUUAUUGGGAGAUGCUCACCCUGUACUUGGAUUAGGAACCAAUAAUGCAAUUGAAGAUUCUUAUGUUCUUUCUCAGGCGUUACUUAAUAAUUCUUCGGGAAAUUAUAUUUCUUGUAUCCAAGCAUAUGAAAUGUUAAAAUCUAGGUCCAACGCACUAAGAAUAUCCAUCUUUUGUUGGAUAUUUUGGACAUAUUAUUAG